AUGAACAACAUCGAUAUUGUUGACGAGCCUGUCAACACUGUCUCGCAAGCCGACACGCAGACAUGGGAGCAGAGCGAAGACGAGAUAUUCUACCCCAUGGCGGACAUUCUGAUGAAGAAGAAGAUGAUGAAAGCAUACAAGAUUAGCAUAGACGAGGAGAGGAUCAAGAAGGAGAAGGAGAAGGAGAAGAAGAGGAAGAAGAAAAAGGAUGUCAAGACAAGUGGCAUAACGACUGACAACAUUGCCCUGCCAAACAUACCACUUCGAAUCCAAUUUCAUAUCAUUCGACUCUGCUGGGACGAUGCACUUCGUGCCGAGUCGUCGUCGUGGCGGUGGAGGCUGUCGCUGGCCACCCUAUCGUCGGCGCACUUUACAUACAUUGCCGAGCGCCUGUUCAGCAUCAAACAUACCAAGGCGCUGCAGCUGAACAACGUCAUUCUCACGCCGAUUGCAAGCAUCGUGGGCCACUUCAGCAAUCCUCACUGUGUCUGGAAGGGCAACAGUACGGCACCAACGACGAGCUUCAUCGUCAAUCACUGUUGCAUCAACGGCAGAGGCGCCAUCAACUAUGUUCGGAGUGGCAGCGAGCUCGUGUUUGAUGGCGGCGAGGCUGGUCACGAGCUUGAACUCGCACAGAUGCUGUCAAGCGGCAUGAUCAACUCGCUUAGAUCCAUCGUCAACAUUCCUGCUCGGACGCUGCUUGUGAUGCCAGACGCGCUGCCAUCGCUCCUCCACCUGGACACACUGGCCAUCACGCAUCUCUGUGACAGUCCACAUCCUAUGGACUUUGACGAGGUGUUUUCAAUCAUCGAGAGGACCAGGUCGCUCAGGAGCAUCAGAAUCUCCAUUCUUCCACAAUACGCUGUCGUUGGCAACACAAGCAUGUUUGGCACGGCGUUCCACCAGCUCGACGUGGAUCACAUCACAUCGUUGACGAUUGAGGACGACUAUCAAUGUGUGUAUCAUUUGGCAUGCAAGCCCGAUCGCUUCUUCGAUGGCAUCAAGCACUUCAGUACGCUCGAGACACUCAGCCUGCGCCUCUACAAAUACAUACACAGUACAACUCGAGCGGAAAUGUUCUCGUCAGAGUUGGCGCAGUACUUGUCUGCGCCACGAGCACUCACAUCCCUCUCGAUCAAGACAUGUCUUGACGAUUGUGUCGCCUUGGCAUUGCAAUCCAACACAUGGCUCAAGCACCUCUGUGUCGAGAUGCCUCCAGACUGCUCGGCGGCCGACCAUUAUACGAUCCGGUCUCCGCUCGUAUUACCGUUGCCAACAUCGUUGAAGUCGUUCGUGUGGCAAAGACUCAAUGCGUAUUAUAGCACUCCGCGCCAAGUUUCAUCGUUUCUCCGCGCCAACACGCCAUCAAACCUGGAGACCCUCCGGAUCAAGGCUCCAAGCGAGGACUGCCAACUGGAGGAUGCACAUCAGUUCUUCACCGAGAGCGCCAAUCUCAAGCACUUGAUCAUCGACGUGCACUAUGGAAUCGAGAAUGUUGUGGACCAUGUCAAGGCCAGCCCCAGUCUGGACACGCUGGAGCUGAGGAACUUCCAUGCCUUUAUGUCAGAUACGAAUCAAUUCCACGCCUAUAUUCUGAUCCUGGCCAAGAUCCUAACACUCCGAACGAUCAUCAUUGAAUCGUCAAGAUACCCAGUUGCCCAGGUGCGACCACGAUGGUACCGCCGCCAAUACGCACUCGUUCCCAAUCUGACGGCCAACACGUCGUUCACCUUCAAGAGGCAGAUAUCCUAUGUUCCAGACGUCGGACAUCGCAUAACCCAACGAGGCAAUAGAUCAAAGGUCUUCCAGUUGAUCUACACACGAUAA